GGAAGAUACUGGAAGGACUGGGUAGUAACGGAGCAAGAGCCGAGGCCGACCAUCAAGAUGUUCUUCCGGUUUCUUUUCGCAAACUACCAGAUGCCGAUGGUGUCAUCUUCCUCAAGCCGUUGCUGGCAUUCGGCACUACGCCAUUGGAUGCUCCUGCUGAGUUGCUAUUGCUUCCAGCUUCUACCUUAUUUCGCCUCACUUGGUGCAGCAAAAGGAGCACGAAGUAGAGGUUCACGAAGCAGAACACCCUCUCCGCACCAAAUCAUUCUAGACACAGAAUUUGACUGUGACCCUAUUGUUUCACCAGAGAUGCCCACUAGACGACAACAGGGGUUUGCGCAUUUAGCAGAGAAGUUUGCUACAGAGGUCGAAACAUUGCGGGUGAAGAAGCAAGCAGGAAAAUGGCUCUACGAGAACAUAAACUUCGUGGCUGCGGACGUUGACACGGUUUUAGAGCAACAGAUGUGCAAAUCAGCAGUAUUGACGGCGCUAGUGAUGAAAGCACUGUUAGAACUGCUACAGGGAGGGCUGUUGCAAGGCCAAAUGCCUCAGGACGAAACACCAUUGCUGAUGCUAGACGCGAUGCUUAGCAAUAACUUGAUUUAUGCUCGAAAAAUACAUUUUCAGUCAUGAAGUUGUUUCCUCGAGAAGCAGAACUGCUUUAUUGAAAAUACUCAUAUUCGUAUCCCUUCUUCGUUACAUAAGCCGUCUUCUUUUUCCGUCCUCUAAUACCUCCAAUGGGUGAAAAACCCUGCAAGUGGUAUUAAAGCGAACGCUCCUGCCAACGUGCCUGAAGGAAUGACGCAUUUGCUCCUCUCCAGUUCCUUUCCGAUCUAUCGACUGUUGCAUUUGCUGAUGAUGCUUUUCUUAAGGCUCAAUAGCAUUCACUUCUUGACUGCAUUUCUCACAAUGAUAGGGAAAAAUGUAGCCAAGAAGUGAAUUGCUUUGAGCUCUAAGUUUCCCUGAAACAGAGUCCACUCGUAUGGGCCAUUGCCGCAUGCAUCAUGAUGAGAGUAUUCCUCUUGAAAAACGAGUCGAUUGGCCCAUGUUCAAGAAACAACUCGAAAAUGCUACUAAGCAAGUGGAACUACCAAUUAUGACUUUUUACUCAUCUAGUAUUCAUCUUGAGAAGCAUCAUCUUGAUCUUGGAACGAAGGAAAAAGCAUGACUACUUCUACCAAGAUGCUCCUCUUCAGGAUGAAUAUCGGAGGUAAGGUCUAAACCAAGUCUGGAACCUGGGAUCACAUUAACUGCAGCAUGGAACAAGCGAUGGGACGAUUUGUACCUGCAAGAAGUGAUGAUGACUGCUGCAGACUCUGGAGACGUGAUCUUUCAGAAUUGGAGGACUGACCAAUACAAAGCGGGCUGUCAUUUAGCCGUUAUCGGAGCCUAUGUCUUGCACAGUUUUUGGUAUGCGAGGAGUGACCGCCAAGCGUGGCUCCAGCGUUUCUUCACGGCUGUCACUAGUGUACAUGCAGUCCAUGCGCCAAUUGCAGACUCGGUGAAGAGUGAUUGGCCAGUCUACGUCCUGUGGGACAUGCUGUUUCGAUUACGACGAGAACAAUCCGAUUUCCCACCCAGAGGAGAUAUAGAGUUGGAAUACGACUAUGCUGAGUCUCCUGCUGCUGCUCUUGCUACUGGUGGUGCAGAAUCUCAAUCUUCAGAUAGAAGUGGAAAGGUGCAAAUAUUAGAAGAAGAUGGAGGAUCCGAAGCAGAAGAAGAGCCAGACGCUAGUCGAAGGCCCUCCAUAGUGGAUCGUGAAGCAUUAGACAGACUUUUAGCGACGUGGCAACGAGAGAAGCGACGGGGCGCGGGGGCUGCAAGAUCUUCUGUGUCGUCUGCCACCGCAACUUCUACAUCUUCAAACAGUAAAGAUGAUCAUCUUCAGGCUCAACAGGAUCAUGUCGUUUUCGUAACGCAGGCUUAUGGAUGGAUGCUGAAUCACAUGCGUCCGGUUGUGGAUCGUUUCCGGACCGAGUUUGGUCUGAACUUGGUCAUUUUGGCAGGUCCUCCCGAGACAGAGGGAGAUCCGUCUGGAAGUGAAGAAGAUAAUAAUAAAGCUUCAGCAACAAGUAGGGACUUGCUGAAGGAGGAAGAGGCUUUGGCAAGUGAGGCAGAUAAUGGGUAUGGUGUUUCUGACGAGUCUGCAGCUUCGUCUGUCAAAAGCAAGAUAAGCAGCAAAAAAAGGAGAAGUAGACGGAAAGUCGAAGAAAUAACAGGUAGUGAUCACACGGUCGUUUCUCCCUGCACAUCAGCGGAGGAGGAAGAAUGGUGCUUGCCGACGUUCCCCUCAUUACUCGCUAAAUAUGACGCACUAACGCACUUCGCGGAGAUUCGUGUGCCAGUUUGUUGGGUCGAUCUUGACAUCGCGUGGUUUCAAUCGCCUUUGAAACUCUUUGAUGAAGAACAGGACUUCAUUUUCGGAAGCAAAGACCAAUACGGGAUCGGCGUUUCACCUGCAAUGUUGUGUGUACCAAAGGUGCAGGGAGAGGAAAGUGGAAUGUUGCUUCUGCAAGAGGAAAGGCAUGACCCUACAGCAGCUAGCACCGUCCCUUCAUCUGAACAGCAUCAAGACAGCGAUGGCCUCUACGUUCCAGAUUCACUUGUUCAAGACGGAAACAAGGACUACACCAGUCAAUCUGCUCAACCCCUGGUCCUCGACAUUCUCUAUCAAGUACGCGACACACUUCUACUCAACCCUUUUGGACAUGACUUAGCCAUGUGGGAUUUGAUUGUUGGCAGAGUGGGUGCAGAUGACGUAGGAGGCUGGGAUUAUCAGGGGAGGAGUCACCAGGCCAAUCCGGAUAAUCGAACUCUCAGCUACUGGGAUGAGAAUAUUCUGCCUUUGCCUGUGCGUUAUGAAGAAUAUCAACAGUGUUGUUGAAAUAGCAGCUACUCUUAUAUAUAUUCAUUUUUUUUCUACAUUCGAUUGUUAUUUACUCGGUUUUUUUUCUUGCUCAGGACCACGUACUCCCAUUACGACUGUUACUAGCCAAAUUUAAACAAGGAAGAUGUCACUCAACUUCGUGAAGAUUGCCUUCUUUCAUAUCCUCGGCGUAAAGUACAAGGUCAUCGGUGCUGACCUCCUCGCAAGCGGGGACGGUUUUCCAGUGUCGCAACCCUUGACCGAGCGAAACAAUAGGUGGCAGGUAGUUCCGAGGAUAGAAGACCAUGAUGAAGUGAAUGCGAAGUGGAUAGAAGAUGUGCGGGACUAUGCUGCGGCAGCGAGUCGUCCUUCUGUGGCAACAAGGACAAAAGGAUUCGGCAAAAUUCCAGAGGUGGAUGUUGAAAAGCUGAUCAAGACGAGUCGCAGUUCUUCAUCUUUCCCGCCACCAUCGCUGAUAGGAUUCCACUUUUAUGGGGCAAUCGAACGAUCUGAGGAACUUUUUGCGGUCUUUUACCAUGAACCCGAACGUUGGGAUGGAGAGCGCGUACUUCAACAAUAUGUGAAAUUCCCGAAGUUCGAUCAUAUGGCACUGCCAGGAGGUAUUGUAGUGGAAAAGCGGACUAGGGAUGCAUUGGGGAAUUAUCAGUACCUACUAACUGGUGGACCAGGACGAGAUGAGGAAGUAGGAGGAGCAGGAAGCGGAGGAAGAACGCGCGGAAGUCCUAGUCCUGAAAUAGAUGAUGAAACUCAAAGCGAAGAGGAGGAUGAGUUAGUGGUUCUUGACGAAUUACAAAAGUCAGCAGCAGAAAAGUCUGAGAGGACCGCAGCGAAACGCGCAAGAUGGGCACGGAAUCGCAGACAAGAUGGUAGUAGAGAAAAAGAACAUCUUCAGCAGCAGCAGCAGCUUACUUCUUCGUCGGGUAAUUACGUAAACGCUCUAUCCUCAUCCUCAGCAAGCGCUCCUUCUAGGUCGUCUAGCUACAUACCAACGCGUUGGGUCCAUAUCUCCUACGCUGAUGGGUGCUGUCAGAAAGCUAUCAAGAAAAAUCUACAGUCCGCCGAAGAAUAUUUUGACGAGCAGCGAGCAUACGACAAGACCGCGUUUGCACCAGAGUUUAUGGGUUAGUGAGUAUCCGCAUUGCGACAAAUGAAAGAAGAUAUUAAGACUUACAUUAGUACAGCCUUGGCCGCCUUGGAUGAGAAGACCUCCAGGGCAGAUGGACGAACACGCGGCGCCUAAAAUAAACGGAUCCUAAUAUAAACGUGGCCACUAUAGUUCUUCUUUAGACAUUUGGGCUACUUGAUUCUUUUGUUUUUUUGUUUCCUAGAUAGGUGUGCUCCACCGAUAUACUUACAUUAGUACAGAUGAAAUAAGAUUGCAAAUAUGUGAUGUUGAUGAAGAUUCGCUAAUGGCACAACUGGAUUAUAAAAAGGUAGGUCGCUCCCAAGCACAUGAUGUAAUUGGAGACGACGACUUAAAACAAGUAGUAGAAGCGUCGCGUUUUGCUCUAAUCCUUGGGCGGAACGAAAUGCAGAAAUCCUGGCUGUGCCGCGCGGUGGAGGUCUGUGGAUCUGGAAGCCCUACGUUGUCUUGAAAACGCUGGAAGACCCUUCUGUCCCAUGGGACUCGGCUCUGGUAUAUGGAUUGACUUUAUAUGAGAAUUGUAGGUGCAAUUGGUUUGGUGUCGUGGUUCGUCGGUGUUCUAUUCGUAUCGGGCUUCGCCUCCUUGUGGGGAAAGCGGGCAGUGAGGGUUCUCUGCCUGGACAAUUGGCACCAUACGGCCGCAGCGUUUGGGAUCAAGGGCGGGGAGCUCACCGCGCCACGGCAUAUGUCGCCAAGCGCGCCCAUGUGUGCGAAUUACUCCCGAUUGCACAGCGCUUUGCGCUCCCUCUACAGGUCUGCCGCGGCCGCCGUGAGGAAUUUUAAGAUUUUCAAGCUUAUUACGUGCGAGCUAAUCGCUGAAUUUUUGAAGUUCGUCGCUUUCUUUCAGUACCAAAAACACAAAAAUCCCAUCCCAGUCGUAGGCUGUUACUCCAGCCUUUUUCAAAUUUGGGCCAAAAGCUGGAGAGCGUCCCCGGGCGGGUUGGCUUCUUAACUUACGGCGGUAACGUCGUGAGGAAUCUAGGGCAUGCCUUACCCUUGUCGGGGAGCGGUCACGUAGGCGCUGCGGCUGUGGCGGCGGACUUCUUUGGGGUGAACGCGGAGAAGGUGGCGGCCAACCCCAAAGGCGGCAGCCGGUACCUGGGUGCUUUUGGACCCCCCUGCUGCGCUAUCCAGCGCCUCGAUGCUGAGGAAGCUCGCGACGAUAGGAGCUCGGGGAGCGCGCUCCUCGGUCUCUCUUUCUGGUUUAAUUACUCCCGGAAGCCUGCGCAACAUCGCUGGGCCCUCGUGGAGCAAGGAACAGGCCACGCGUGAGGGAUUCUGGCGGGGUGCCGCGAACUGCUAGAAGGGUACGGCGGUGAGGAUGAGGCAUUGUGUGUCUGUUUGCCUCUUGUCUUCUCUGAUGGGGCAACGAUUGACGCAGGCGGAGUUCAGAGCUGAUUUGGCGAGGGUGGCGGGAUAGCUGCUUUAGCCCAUUCGUGUCACCAGCAGACGCUGCAUCUCCUCGAAGGGGAUGGCGCUGAGAGUGGCCGCAUCUCCCUGGUGUCUGGUCUUCGACGGCAUUCCAUUACUUAAACUGCCACCACGCUCAACAUGACCGAAGCGCGCCACUUCCGCCACUAGGGAUUAUAAUUGAUUUUGGCCUAUCUUGUAUCCGUGCGAAGCACGGCGGCCAACUAUCUACAAACAGUGGCGGCGCCUCUCUACAAGAUCAGAAGCGCUGCGCCUUGAAGGGGGUCGCCCUCAGUGGGUACUGAGCUCAACAAACUGGCGGGCGAGGUGUGUUCUGUUUGUCGCUUUGUGGUGCUCAAAAAGCUCGCAGGGAUGUGGGGGGAAACACUAACCGCCGCAGGCGUUGGGCUAGGUUACUCGCACCGGGCUGGGAGCUGCCACCGGGAGCGGGCUUGCCGCGGGUCGAGUGUGUUACACUUUGUCUCUCAUGGUUGGGCCUUCUGCUUCUCUCGGACAGGAGCCAUCGGCGGGGUUUGAGUGCCUACUCGCUUCCAACUGCGUGCCGCGCUGUUCUUGUUGGAGAUCAUUCAGUAGGCAAUACUGUGUCGAGGCUGGAAAAGGAACGAAGGCGCGCCGCGUCCCCAUUCUCGGCAACUGAUGGCUGAGAGUGGGGGGGCUUGGUCUGGUUUGAAUUAUGAACCCCACCAGGCGGCUGUCGCGGCGGGUGAAUUUUGUUCGCGUAAUCAUUUGGGGCGUGAGAGGUUUCUCUCCGUUGCUGCUGGUUAUUUCGUCUUGCUUUUUCUCUAGGCUGAACGAUAUGAGCGGCAGGCGUGUGAAGUGGUCUAGUAUCGCGCUUGCACUCUCGUGGGAGGUGUUCAGGGUCGUGGCUUAUCCGCUAGGCGACUGAGCUGGCUGCUGUUGAUGCAGCGCAUGCUGGUGCUGGCCGUGUGUGGCUCUCGUCCAUCAUGCAUCUUGACAAGGGCGGGCGCCUACUUAGCGGCGCGCAUGUUGUUGGGUGUGUGUUUCGCGACGUUGUUGGAAGGAAGGGCUGGCCUGGCAGUUUAAGUGGUGCGGCCGAUCCUAAUAGGGCGGCAGACUUGCCCAUGAGUUCGUUGUAGCGCGGUGGCGUUUUCGCGGCGUUGGCGCCCAGCUGUAGGGGUAUGGUGCGGCCCCAGGUGUAACUUUUCCUCUGUGUAUCUAUCUUCUGGGCUGCUGCGUGGCUUGACUCUGGUACCAUUCGGUGGGAAUAGUGCCAGCUUUGCCCUUUCGGGGAUGCAGCGCGCAGCUGCACACAGACACCCACACCGAAGGGCACUCGCCUGGGCUGGCGGGUUGGCAUAAUGCAAGCACGGCGGCAGCAGGGUAGAGCUAGGCGCGCAAGCUGCCGGGGGCGCUUGUCAGUGCUUGGUCGUCGUAGUUCUUUCGGUAAAGUUGCGCGCCAACCUCGGCGACAACUGGCCGCACGCGCUUGCUUAAGUGGCUCGCUGGUGGCGCCCGCUGCGUGUGGAGAUGUUCUCUUUCUUUCUUUCUUUCUUUCUUUCUUUCUUUCUUUCUUUGUAAGCGCUGACGCUUAAACGAAGAAGAAUGGACCGACCACGAAGGAGACGAAGCAGGUGCAGGGACGUCGCUCUUGUUAGCUUGCUUGCGGGUUUGGGUGAUUGUAUAUCGUCCCAAAAGACAAAAGCAAAGCAUUUGUAUUCGGUUAGAUUAACAGAGAUGGAUAUAAAAUCUCUCCUCGCCCCAGGUAUACCUCGAUGCUGGCAACCAUUUUACUGGUGAUCCGCGCGAUUUCGUGCAAAGAGUUCUGACCGACACUGAUGUAGCCGUUUUGCAGCUCAAAUGUUGUUUUGAGGCUGACUGGAGUAAGAGGGAAACGCUGAUCGCGCUUCAUGGUGAUCAUCAUGCUAUUGCCGAACGACCACAAAUUUAUGCGUUGGUUGUAUUCGGAAUCUUCGUCGUCACCGUAAUGGCGUAGAAGAUGUACUACUUCUACAAGGUUGAAAAGCAUUUGGUGUGUUGGUGUACCUACAGCUACUCAAGAACUAACCCUGAUCAACCAGACAACGUCCUACCCCUCUCAACCCCUCCUUCUUCUAACUCAUGGGUGCUUACUUCCUGGCUUUCCGGAAAACACCUUUGACUCUGAGAUUCGUCCGGGACUGGCUAUCCAAGAUGAGCGAUCCGGUUGUGAGUCGCAUAGAAACGGUGUCGCAGCAUCAGAUAAAAAACUACGCAGGCUUCCAGAAGCACAUGGCUGAUCAAAGUGCUUUGAGUGUGCUUUUCAAGCAGUACGGCUUCAAGCACAUGUCGCUGAAGGAUGUCCAUAAAUUCAUAGCUUUGAAACGGUGGAGGGAGUAAUACUCAAUGUUGCUCAAAAAGCGUGCGCAGUUCUUGUUUAAUCUUGAUUGCGACUAUACAAUUGUUCAGUUCUUUGAAAAAAAGCCAGUUUUUUUUAACAGUUCGGUGGCGGGUGCUCAUUCACUCUCACAGGGGAAAGUCAUGUUUGUCACGGUGAUACAGCUACAGGUUGAAAGACAUGUAUCUAUGUAUAAUGAUCAUAGUCGUGCUUGUUGUUGAUGUUUCUUCAGAGAAUAGAGCAAAGACAGCUAGUAAGUGUUAGUGGUAAUGACAACGAUUUGACCGGGUACUAGUCCUUCUAGAAGAAGAAGGGGAACAAAGU